ACCCGUCCCCAAGCAACAUGUUCUACUCUGUCUUCCCAACCCAAUCCUUUACCCCCUUUCCCUCUCGCUUCCUCUCCUAUUUCUUUGCAACUUUCUCCGUUUAAGGAGAUUUGACUUCCAAACAAAAGAUUAGAGUUAAGGAGAUAAACUCCAGACGAUAAACAAUGAUGCAACGCGAGGAAGCUCCGUUGGACCAGUUCACUGCCGAUGAGAUUGAGGCCGCCGACAUCCUGCUCCAUCUCCCUCAACUAUUCUUUGAAUCCAAGAGUCGCCUCAGAUUUCCUUCAUGGGGCGCCAGAAGAAAGAGAUCCCUGGGGCUUCAGAUUCAAUCUUUCCUUUGUUUCGGUUUGGCGUUGUCGCCCGAAUCGCCCCCAUCAGAGUUUCGUCGUGAGACCGAGAUUGGUGCUGUGGUUCCUAAAUGUCAGAAGAAAGGUCAACCGGCGGUCAAGACCGAGGCUUCAAGCCCUGUGACCCCUCUUGCGUUCAUGCCCAGCAGCGAGUCUGAAGAGAAGCCCGAGCAGUCCUUGAAAAGAAAACUGGCUCCUAAAAGGAAAAGAGAGGAUUGGCUGGAGAUCAUAGACGAGUUAAAUCGACACAGGGAUUCGCUAAACGAGGAGAUAGAAUAUCUGAGGCUGCAUUGCACCCAAUUGAGAGCUUCCAAUUUGGAGAUGAAGGCAAAGUUAAGUCUCGAACCCUUUUCGAAGACCGUCGAUUCUCUCGGUACUGAAAAUCAAGACAAGGAUCGGACGGUGCGAAUGCAUUCCACGUUGUCAUCUAGCCGUGAGCUUGACUUGGUUAACAACAAUGUUGACCCAUCUCCUCCUCUUCCCGAUCUCAACCUCUCUGCAGAGGACACGUUUGCGAUUGACACAUCCGGACCGUUUGAUCUAAACCCGAUCAACGGGAACUUCAGUUUCAGUAGGGUUGUGGCGGCUCAAGCCAGACAGAGAAGGAUGCAGAUCUACAGGGCCAAGAAACUCCAUUGCCGCUAAUAAAAGUAAACUACACGAGUAGAUGAUAGCUUUUUGUCUUUUUUGGUAUGGAAUAUUCUCUUUUAAGAGAAAUGUUAAACACAGUUAGUGUUUAAAUGUAGUAUAUUCUUUUUAAAAAAUGUUAGAUUUAUUAUUGAAAAAUUAAUUUUUUUAUAUAAAUCUUGUCUUUACUCUUUUUUUUUAAAUUCUACGACGUUUAUAUAUUUUUACAACUGUAAAUAUUAUUUUCCUUUUGAUAAUUAAGUAAGAGGGUUUUGUUUUUUCUCCAAAAUAUUUGUUAAGGUAGUUGGAAUUUAGAUGUAAAUUGGUAGAGUUGCAGGGAAAAUAUGUUGUUAGUUUCUUGUUAGAAAUCUGGGGGGCUUCAAGCCGAAAGAAAAACCCAAUUUGCCUAUAUUUAUGUUGAAUUUUAUAAUAAUAUUGAAUGUUAAAUAGAUAUUAUUUGUU